AUGGGAAAUGGAAUGGCGGCUCGACAGCUCCUCCAACUGCCGAAACCCGGCGCAUUGCCUCCUAUGCCCACCAUCCCAUCUCUCGCCGGCGCCGCCAUGCCCACCAUCCCAUCUCUGCCAACAGGAGGAGGAUUGCCACCACUUCCCAGCGCCGGCGCCAUGCCCACCCUGCCGUCCGGAGGAGGAUUGCCACCGCUCCCCAGCGCCGGCGCGAUUCCGACCAUGCCCACCAUUCCUUCCCUGCCAAAGGUGUCUCUACCGCCACUGCCCAGCGGUUUGCCAACCAUGCCUUCCAUCCCCGGCCUUACCCCGGCGGGCCCCGGAAACUGA